ACCAAGUUUCUCGUUGUUGAAUUCUGAGAAAGAGAAAGAGAGAGAGAGAAAUUAGAUAUGGUGAUGGAAGUAGAAAAAGAGAAGGAAGAAGUAAUGGUAACACCAGGAGAAGUGUUGGGUUAUUCAUCAACCCUAAUCCCAGGUAAAGGUGCAUACUUACACAAUAAAACUAUACACGCUUCUCUUACUGGACGUCGGGUCAUCAUCCCUCCAUCCGAUUCACCUCACCAGAAGAGAUCAAUUGUGGAGGUUACUGGUCAUAAAGGUCAUGGUGCCGUUCCUGAACCUGGAUCCAUCGUCAUUGCUAGGGUAACUAAGGUGAUGGCUAAGAUGGCUUCAGCUGAUAUUAUGUGUGUUGGUACCAAAUCGGUGAAAGAAAAGUUUAGCGGGGUUAUCAGAAAGUAUGUUGACAGGCAACAAGAUGUUCGAGCCACAGAAAUUGAUAAAGUGGAUAUGCACUUGUCUUUUCGCAAUGGUGAUAUAGUGAAGGCUUUUGUUCUCUCUCUUGGAGAUGCACGAGCUUACUAUCUUUCUACUGCGAAGAAUGAACUGGGUGUUGUAUCUGCUGAAAGCAUCGGAGGAGCAACAAUGGUUCCAAUCAGUUAUACAGAGAUGCAGUGUCCUUUGACAGGCCAGAUUGAACAAAGAAAAGUUGCCAAGGUAUGAGGAGGUUGAUAACUGUGAUGGAGAGCCUAGAUAGGUAAAUUGUUGUGAAGAAGAUGGAAUUGUCCGCUUUAUAUAGGUCAAUUGUUGUGAAGAAGAUGGAAUUGUCCGCUUUGUAUAAGUAGUUUACCAUCAUGGAGAAACACCUAUUAAGGAGAAAAAGGACGUCCAUAGAGAUUCACUAGUUUUGGAAGAAAAAGAAAAAUUCUUGUUGCUGUAUCAUUGUUCUGAAAAAAUUUGAUGUCAAAUGAUAUUCACAUUUUAUUGAAAGUAUGUUAUUUUAGUGAGUCUCCUUUAUCCAA